ACACCAAUGAAUGCUAUCUUGGUAACGGAGGAUGUGAAAUGUUCUGUAACAACAAUAAUGGUAGUUACACUUGCAGUUGUAAAGAUGGAUUCGAGCUCUACGAUACUUACAAAUGUCGGGAUAUUGAUGAAUGUGCACGUAAUACUGAUCGAUGUGACAGCCAAUCAACGACUUGCAGCAACUACAUGGGGAGCUACGAAUGUCGAUGCAAGAAAGGUUAUAAAAUUAUACCGAGUAACAGCAACAAAUGCGAACUAAUGUCAUGCGCGCCACUUGUGAAGGCACAAGGUACACAAGUCAGCCCAGACUCCUGCUUGGUGAAGAACUCUAGAAAGGUUGGAGACAAAUGUUCGUUCAGUUGUGAACCUGGGUACAAGCUCCCAGACCCCUCUAAGGAUACAAUGAACUGCUUGGACACAGGAUACUGGGACAUGCCACUCAUUAGUUGUCGUCCUGUGAGAUGUAACGCUAUUGCUCCGCCAACAAAUGGUUAUGUCUUUCCGCCGUUUUGUAGUAGCACAGGAAAUCUGUUUGGACAGUCCUGUUAUUACAGAUGCAAUACUGGGUACAGCAUGAAGACAGGACAAAAAUCUAAAAGAGAUUGCAAAAGUGAUGGAAAUUGGGACAUCCAAACAGGAAUAACGUGUGAGAAAGUAUACAUCAAACCCUGGAUUAAUUGUCCGCCGGAUGUGACUAUUGUGCUUGACCCAAACGCCAAUACAGCUGACGUCUCAGCUCUACUCAUGAAGCCAAAAAGCAACACAAAGAACGUGAAAAUGUUUCCAGAGAAGUACCGMACAAGCCUUGUAUUCCCAGCUGGCAUAACGAGCCUGAAGUAUGUGGCAACAAGUGGUAAUGGAGCUACUGCAUCCUGCAAAACAGAAGUCAUCAUACAAGACAAAACUCCCCCUCGCGUCAUUUAUUGUCCACCAAAUAUAUAUGAAGUCAGUUCUGAUCCAUAUAAAGUAAUCAGMUGGAAGAAUCCUGUCUUUACAGACAACGUCAAUGUUACAGCUGUUACGUCAAACAAGAAAUCAGGCGAUACGUUCUAUCAUGGAGAGGUUAUUGUAACGUACUGGGCAAGGGAUGCUGCUGGAAAUGUAGCAACAUGCUCUCUCGAUGUCUCUCUCAAAAGGUUAGAAUGUCCAACGCCAAAACCACCAGAAAAUGGAAAAUUAACACAAUGUAGGAGUUUUGGACCCACUCAUUACUGCCGAAUCACGUGUGACCCUGGUAAGCAGAUAUUCCAAUUUACUUAUGGAGCAAAUUGUCGACUUCCUGAGGCAAAAUGGAACGAAAUCCCCGACUGUGUAGAUGCAAAAAGAAUAAACAAUGGCGAGUCUUGUCCUGCUGGAAUGAUCCUCCAAACAAGUCUGACAGGAUAUCCCACCUUCAUCAAAUACUGUGUUAAGUGUCCAAGAGGGUACAAGUACGAAUCCAAAGACUGCGUCAAGUGUCCCAUAGGAUAUACAAGUAUGGCCGAAUCAAGCUCAACAUGCACCAAAUGCCCAUCAGGAAAAUCCACCGAUAAGCCUGGAUCAAAAACGUGCUUGGACCAAUGCAAGCCCGGUUCAAUUUCGAAAGACGGCUUCGAUAUCCCUCUUAACCCUCAAGGAUGCUCUCUAUGUUCCAUGGGAUACUAUUCCGAUGUUUAUGGCGCAACUAAGUGUAGUCAAUGUCCCAGUGGACUUACAACGCUAGCAAAAGGCUCAAAAUCAAAGGACUCAUGUGGAAUUGCACCAACGGUGACUGAGUUUAGCCCAAAAGCUAUUACCGUCGAUGAAGGUGAUCGUGUAGAGUUUGUGUGCAAAGCAACUGGACCACCAACACCAGCAAUAAAAGUUACCAAAGUCCGACCAGCACCAGAUGUCCUUGGAGGACCUGUUAAGGUCGAGUCGAUUUCAUCUGGAAGCAAGCAGAUUGGGAUUCGUUACAUCAUUACUCGAUCAACCAAGCACGAUGAAGGACUGUAUUCCUGUGAGGCUAACAAUGCUUUUGGCAAAAGCACUAAAUUUGUGAACUUAAUCGUUGAGAUCAAAGUUACUGGAUCAGGUGCGGGUGCUUCAGAAUGAAAACUAUUGAAAGAACAAAGUUGUAGAAAGCUAAGAGACUAAAAACUAGCUUGAAAGUUUUUAUUGUUAAACUCGUUUAGAAUAAUUUUGAAAAAAAAUAAAGCUGACUAUGAUUAAUUUUUA